AUGGAGCUAUCCGGUAAGCGCACGCAUUCGAAGCUGAAUACCUGUUCUGAUGCGCGUUCAAUCAAACGCAGAAUGAUGGAUCUAGGUUCAUCUCCAUCACGUCAAGUUGGGAAUAGACGCACGUUUGUGCCUCGUUCUUCAUUUUUGUUGAGAAAGAAAAGUGGAGAUUGUUCUUCAGAAUCAGAUGAUUCCGAUUACGAGUUUGACGCUCGCAAGAGACCUGCAGUUCAUUUCAAAUCUACUCCUGCAGUUGAUCCUAAGCUGCUUGAGGCAGUUUCCAAAUACUCGGACACCGAUGACGAUAACAGUCAUUCAAUUAACAGAGGAUUUUUAGGGCAAAGCUACUCUUUAGAAAGGCGAGCUCCCAUCUCGAGGCAUUCAUCCUUUUCAUUCACAAGCCGCAAACAAAGCAUUCCAAAAUCUGACAUCGUUGCCCGUGAGCGUUGUUUUGAUUAUUUACUACAGUCUAUUGACGAAGUGUGGGCACGUUACUGUGACACCACUUCUUCUGCGGAAACUAAGGUUUAUGAUAACUUAUCGGGUAUGAGGAAGUCAAGCCGUGAAUCGGGUGAUCAUAAGCCGCGAUUGCCUUCCAUUACUACGGUGCCUUCUCAUUGCAGGAAUUCUUCUUUCGUCUCUAUGCGCAACUUUUCAGAGGAAGAUAGUGAUGACGCAAGCGGGUACAAAUCUGAGAUCACAAAUCCUACCGAAUAUGAAACAGAUUGUGACUAUCGUAAAGUGUCCAACCUACCAGAUUCGGUUCGCUUGCAAUCGCUCAAAGACAGGCUUUGCAAAGCUAAGAACGACUUAGAAGAUGUUUAUGAUUCAUCGCAAUUUGAGGACUGCGCAAGGUUUUGGAGGCGCUGGGAUAUGAUCAAGUACAGUGCAGUCGAAAUGAUGGAAGAGGAUGAUGAUGACGAAAUUAUUGAGUCGAUAAUCGACGAACUGGAGAAAGGUCGCUGUUAUGUUAAUUAG